CGUCUCUCGGCUGAUUCGCUGCUCCGAGCUCCGGCUCAUGUUUGGCUUUGACACCAGAACACCGAGCUUUGGCCGACUCUUCGCCGUCAGUGUCGGCCUGUUGUUGCUGUCGCGCACCGCCCGGUUCGUCGGUUGUUAAAGGUCGCUGAGGUGGUGCUUGGUUCUAGUGGUGGUUCCUCCUCCAGCAGACAUGUCGGGCUUCAAUCUGCUCCAUCUAAUAACAAAGAGUCAGCCAGUGGCUCUGAGGUCCUGCAGUCUUCCCUCAGGAGCACGUCGGACCAAGAAGACAUGGCCAGUUCGCUUCACAGAAGAGGAGAUGAGGAAACGCCUGACGCCGCAGCAGUAUCAUGUGACCCAGGAGAGAGGAACAGAGAGUGCGUUCACUGGAGAGUUCCAUGACCACAAGGCUGAUGGCACUUACACUUGUGUCGUCUGUGGGGCGCCACUGUUCAGCUCGAGCACUAAAUUUGACUCAGGAUCAGGUUGGCCCUCCUUCUUCGACCUUUUGAAAGAGGAGUCCAUUUCUCUGACUGAUGAUUUCUCUUAUGGAAUGCACCGGGUGGAGACAACAUGUAAUCAGUGUGGCGCUCACCUGGGUCACCUGUUCGAUGAUGGUCCGAGACCCACUGGGAAACGUUACUGCAUCAACUCUGCGUCACUGGCCUUCCAGCCCAAAGAUGGUGCUGCCCCUUCCUCCACAGCUGAGGGGGAAGCAGCCAGCAGCAGCAGCCAGAAUGACAGGAAGACGGAACUUUGAGUCCACAUAACAAAUCUGUUUGACCAGGGAGUUUAACACAUUUAGUUCCAGAGGUAUUCGGUGCUCAGACGACCAAAUUAUCAAAUGUCUCAGUAAACUGCUUUCACCAAUGCCAGUUUGUUUCUUGUAAAGCACCACGUCCGAACGUGACUCCACAGAUGGAUGAAGAGCUCGGUGUUGAUGAUUUAGCAGCGCAUUUAAGGAAGGCAUAUCUUUGAAGUUUUGUGCUGCCCAUUUUGUCUUAUAAGCUAUGCAAGUGCAGUCUGUAGACAGUAGUGUGCACCAUUAAUGUUUUGUACUUUUUCUGCACAAUAUUUUUGUUGUCUGCCUUCAAAUAAAUGAAACAAACAAAACAUAUUCUUCAUAAUAA